GGUGGUGUGGGCCAGGUAGAGGGAAAAUGACAGGCGCGUGGCCUAAUAGCGCAGUGAGACAGGCGUUAGCGCAAGCCAGCCCAAGCCAAUGGCGUGCGUGUGUGGAGGGGCAGGAGGACCCGAGCCCGGGCUCUGUGAUUGGGAGGUAGAUACAGAGAGAGCCCGGCCGGGCAGUGUGUGCGCUGCACGAAAAUGCACUCGGAUGCUGCCGCUGUCAAUUUUCAGCUGAACUCUCAUCUAUCAACACUGGCAAAUAUUCACAAGAUUUACCACACCCUCAAUAGGCUGAAUCUGACAGAAGACGUUGGUCAAGACGAUCACCAGACAGGAAGUCUCCGAUCUUGCAGUUCAUCAGACUGCUUUAGCAAAGUGAUGCCUCCAAGGAAAAAGAGGAGACCUGCAGCCGGAGAUGAUUUAUCUGCUAAGAAAAGUAGACAUGAUGGCAUGUAUAGAAAAUAUGAUUCAACUAGAAUAAAGACAGAGGAAGAAGUCUUUUCAAGUAAGAGAUGCUUAGAAUGGUUCUAUGAGUAUGCAGGUAAGCUGAUAU